AGCAACAUGAGCACAUUAUUUUUAAAAGAUUUUUAAAUUUAUGUGGCUAGGUUCACUUAUGUCGGAAUUACCGUUCUCUUUUCCUGUUUCAAUCCUUCCGAAAAAAAAUUGUAAUCUCUGGACAUUUUGGGCUGUGUGGAUUCAGGGUUUUGGAUGGAGCAUGAAAUUAACGGGAAUUGGUUAGGAUUUUCAAAAAGAGAAAUUAAAUUUAUAGGCCUUUGCACGGAGCAUAAAAUUCAAGAGAAUUCGUUAGGAUUUUCACUGUUGUUGAAGUAAUCUAGGCCAAUUUUCCGGUAGGUCGUUCAAGCGCUCCGUCUUUUACUGAAUCAGGUGUUACACUUAACUGAAAGCAUUCAAACUUCAGGAAGCCAGAAGAAUAUAAGAAGAUGGCAACGGGGAACAGUAACACAGGGGACUUCAAGAAAAAUAACAGAGAAUUUUGUGCCAACAACAACAGAAAUUGAGGAACAGCUCUUACAGUUUCCACCCAAAAAAUGAUGGAAUCCAUUUGGGCAACUCAAUCGAUGAGACUGGCUGAAGAUAGGCAGCGGGGAGAAGUUGCAGAUGGUACUUUUGGGGUUUACAUGCGGCAUGCACUUGCAAUUGUGCUUCACCUGGUCUUUGUUGUUUCUCUUAGCCUUUCCCUUUGCUGGAAAAGGUGUAGAGUUUGCACACCUAGGCCUGAAUCUUAUGUUUUGAAACAUGAUUAUUCCAAGAAGUUGCAUUUUGGGGUUAUCCAUAAAGUGACUAUGUUUAGUUGUGUUUCUCUAUCAGUCUUGUAUGGUAUGCUUGGAAUAUGGAGCCCUUUAAAUUGGUGGCUAAAAGAAAAACCUAAAGAUUUUGGAGCUGAAGCAGAGUAUGUCGUUCAGGCCAUAGCUUGGGCUAUCAUCUCAGCCUAUGCAUACUACUCUCUCACAAAAAAAACUAAAGAGAAACUCCCGUUUUUGCUACAGAUGUGGUUGAUCUUGUCAUUGAUUCUUUAUGGAUUCUUUUUGUUCCUCAAUAUUCUAGGGUUCAAGGAACAAAAACGCAUUACAUUCAGUAUUGUGGUUGAAGUUUUGGCACUUUUUCUUUCAGCCUUUUUGUGUUAUGCCAGUUGUUGUGGCACAACUGGUGAGGGCCCCUUACCUCAAAGCAUUCAAGAACCUCUCUUGAGUGAUUUACCAGAUAAUUCUGAAAACCUUAAGCCCAAAGUCACUCCUUAUGCAACAGCAAGCUUUCUCAGCCGGGUGUCAUUUUCAUGGAUGAAGCCUUUGCUUGAUGUUGGCAAUAACAAGCCUUUGGACAUAGAUGAUGUACCUCAAGUUGCAGAUAUACACAAGGCUGAGCAAGCUUAUGACAAUUUUAGAAUUCAGUUAGACACCAAAGUCAGUGGCUUUUCGAUAGCAAAACGGUUAUUUCUCAUUGUUCUGAAGGAUGUAUUCUUUACAGCAUUGCUGGCGGCAUUGAAUACUUGUUCAUCUUAUGUAGGUCCAUAUUUUAUAGAUAAUUUUAUUCAGUGUAUUGCUGGAAAAGGAGAGUUUGCUAGUGAAGGCAUAGUUCUAGCUUGUGCAUUUCUUUUUGCUCAGGUAGUGGAAUCGUUGUCUACCCGACAUUAUAUUUUCAGAACAAUUCAGAUGGGUAUAUGUGUUAAAGCAGCACUGACAGCUGCAAUAUACAAGAAGGGCUUGAUGCUUUCCAGCCAGUCAAGACAAAAGCAUACAAGUGGUGAGAUAAUCAAUUACAUGAGUGUUGAUACUCCCCAAAUUGGAGAUUUCUGUUGGUGUGUUAAUGACAUUUGGAAUGCACCUUUGCAAGUUCUCCUGGCCCUGAUUAUUCUGUAUCAGAACUUGGGAUUGGCCUCUCUAGCAGGAGUGGUAGCCACAGUACUAGUAAUGAUGGCAAACUUCCCACUAGGCAAAAUGCAAGAAAAGUAUAACACAAAUCUCAUGGAAGAAAAAGACAAAAGGAUGAAGGCUACAUCAGAGAUACUGAGAAAUAUGAGAGUCUUAAAAUUGCAAGCUUGGGAGACCACAUUUCUGCUGAAACUCGAAACAUUGAGGAGGGAAGAAUGUAACUGGCUGAAAAAGUAUUUUUACACACGUGCUGGGUCUACAUUUGUUUUUUGGGCAGCACCUAUAUUUGUGUCUGUUGUCACUUUCGGUACAUGUAAAAUAUUAGGUGUGCCUUUAACUACAGGCAAAAUUCUCUCCACACUUGCAACUUUCAAGAUACUUCAGGAACCUAUAAACAAUCUUCCUGACUUAAUAUCUAUGAUUGCUCAAACCAAAGUGUCAUUAGAUCGUAUAGCUAGUUUUUUGCAGCAGGAGGAGCUUCAACAGGAUGCAGUAGAAGAAGUCUCAAAAGAUUUAUCUGACAUUGCAAUUGAGAUCCAAGAAGGGGUUUUCUCUUGGGAUCCUGCAGCACCUAGUCCAACCAUAAGAGGCUUAGAUGUUCAAAUAAAGAAAGGCAUGAGAGUUGCAGUGUGUGGAACUGUUGGUUCAGGAAAAUCAAGCUUCCUAUCCUGCAUUCUAGGGGAAAUACCAAAAAUAUCAGGUACUGUCAAGAUAAGUGGCACCAAGGCAUAUGUUAGUCAGUCUCCAUGGAUACCGAGUGGAAAAAUCAAAGAUAAUAUUCUCUUUGGUAAGGAAUGGGAGAAAACAAGGUAUGAGAGUGUACUGCAGGCUUGUGCAUUUAAAAAAGAUCUUGAAUUGUUUCCUUAUGGGGACCAAACAGAAAUUGGAGAAAGAGGAAUAAAUCUGAGUGGAGGGCAAAAGCAAAGGAUACAGAUUGCACGUGCUUUAUAUCAAGAUGCCGACGUUUAUCUUUUUGAUGAUCCUUUUAGUGCUGUUGAUGCACAUACUGGGACGCACAUUUUCCAGGAAUGUCUACUUGGUAUGCUGGGUUCAAAAACUGUAGUCUAUGUCACUCACCAAGUUGAGUUUUUAUUUGCAGCUGACCUCAUUCUGGUAAUACGAGAUGGUAAGAUAACCCAGGCUGGAAAAUAUGAUGAUAUAUUACAAUCAAACACAGAUUUUGACGAAUUGGUGGGUGCACAUCAGAAAGCUUUGAAAACCAUCAAUGCCAUGGAGAACUCUGAUAUCCUCUCAUCACAAGUACUCAUUGAAGGUUUGUGCACUGAUAAUGGGACCAAUGCAAAAGAUGUUAACCAUGAACAGCUCCAGAAGCAAGGCAGUGUCCAUAAAUCAGAAGAGGUAGAGGAAGAGAUUGAAUCAAAAAAUCACAGCAAGAAAGAAAUAGAUCAGAAAGGCAGAAGUUCACAGCUAGUGCAAGAAGAAGAAAGAGAGAAAGGCAGGGUGAGUAUGUGGGUGUACUGGGAUUACAUUACCGCUGCAUACAAAGGUGCUUUGGUACCUAUUAUUUUAUUGGUACACACAGUAUUUCAGCUACUUGAAAUAGGUAGCAAUUACUGGAUGGCAUGGGCAACUCCUUUGACUGAAGAUCAAAGGCCCCCUGUUAGCAGUUCCCUCCUAAUUCUGGUUUAUGUAGCUUUGGCAGUAUGCAGCUCAUUAUGCAUUCUUGUGAGGACCACGCUGCUUUGUCUUGCUGGAUAUAAAUGUGCCAAACAGCUUUUCAGCAACAUGCACAGCUGCAUAUUUCGUGCACCAAUGUCCUUCUUUGAUGCAACUCCAACUGGCCGUAUACUUAAUCGGGCAUCAACCGAUCAGAGUAAAGUGGACCAAGUUAUUCCUUUUAAACUUGGAUCUCUAGCUUUUUCACUUAUACGGCUUUUGGGAACCAUUGCAGUCAUGUCUCAAGUUGCUUGGCAGGUCUUUAUUAUCUUUAUACCAGUACUUGCAAUUUGUAUAUGGUAUCAGCAAUAUUUCAUAGGGACAUCCAGGGAACUUGCUAGGUUGAUUGGAGUUUGUAGGGCUCCAAUCAUACAACAUUUCUCAGAAUCGAUCUCUGGUGCAGCCACAAUUAGAAGUUUUGACCAGGAGUUUCGAUUCAUGAACAGAAAUCUCCAGUUGAUUGAUGGGUUUUCCAAACAGAGCUUCCACAAUUCUGGGGCCAUGGAAUGGCUUGCCUUUCGGAUGGAUCUUUUCUCAAAUCUUGUAUUUGCCUUCUCUAUGGUGGUCCUGCUUUGCUUGCCAGAAAGUGUAGUUAAUCCAAGCAUUGCAGGCUUGGGAAUAACAUAUGGGCUCAGUCUGAACAUGGCACAAACUGUGGUCAUAUGGGACAUCUGUAGUGUGGAGAACAAUAUGAUCUGUGUAGAGAGGAUGGUGCAGUACUCACGUAUACCUAGCGAACCUCCAUUGAUCAUAGAGAAUUCUAGACCAAGUUCUUCCUGGCCAUCUAGAGGAACAAUUGAUAUCAUUGACCUUCAGGUGCGUUAUGGACCACAUCUUCCACUUGUAUUAAAAGGACUUACAUGCACUUUCCCUGGAGGGACAAAGGUGGGAAUCGUAGGGCGGACAGGCUGUGGGAAAUCUACUCUUAUUCAAUCACUCUUUCGAAUUGUAGAUCCAUCAGGAGGUAGAAUAGUCAUGGAUGGAAUUGACAUCUUAACGAUAGGCCUACGUGAUCUUAGAUCAAAACUAAGCAUUAUUCCACAAGAUCCAACAAUGUUUGAAGGCACCAUACGGAACAAUUUAGAUCCUUUGGGAGACCAUUCAGAUGAAGAGAUUUGGGAGGCUUUGGAUAAGUGCCAGCUGGAGGAAGUUGUCCGGGCAAAAGAAGAGAAGCUUGAUUCUCUCGUAACUGAGAACGGAGAGAACUGGAGUGUGGGGCAAAGACAGCUUGUCUGCUUGGGGAGAGUACUGCUAAAACAAAGUCGCAUAUUAGUACUUGAUGAGGCAACUGCCUCAGUGGACACUGCAACGGAUAGACUUAUUCAACAAACUAUACAGAACCAAUUUUAUGACUCUACUGUCAUAACCAUAGCACAUCGAAUUCCAUCGGUCUGUGAUAGCGAUUUGGUCCUAGUUUUGAGUGAUGGAAAAAUUGCUGAAUAUGAUUCUCCAAUCAAACUAUUGGAGAACAAAUCUUCAGCCUUUGCGAAACUUGUUUCAGAGUACACCAUGAGAUCAACUAAUGGUGAUGGAAUAUAGGAGGUUCCUAGGGGUGUUGAGGAGUUACCUAUCAACUCCUACAUGGUAUUAGAGCUCCAGUGUUGCAGAUUCCUUCUCAGAUCUAAGUAAGGGAUGUGUUAUGGCUUGAAGAAUUUGUUGGUCGCAGAUUGGAGUUUUAUUGAGCUUAUGGUUGAAUCUAGGGCAUUGAAGAAAAUUAGGUUUGCCUUUCAUUUUGUCAAAUUCCAUUGUGUUUUGCCAAAUCUACAAGGGUUUGAAGAAGUAUGAAGAUCUAGGAGCUCAUUGAUUUUUUUGGAGCACUUUGGGCCCACUUUGACCUUGCCAUCAUGUCCAUGAGGUCAAUCUGACAAAUUUUGACUAAAAAUUUGUCCAUUUUGGUCAAAGUUGUUUUUGGGGCAAUUUGUUUUGCCCAAGCAAGCCAUACAACUCCCCGAGUGUGUAGGGUACAAUUAUUUUGUUUUAGCAGAAAUUUUUUUUUUGCAUUUUAUUUCAAUAUUCGACAAAA